AUGAACUCCAUAUAUUCCUGUGUUGAAAAUACUCGAAAAUUUGGUCCAAAAAAAGAACUGAUAAAAAUAAUGUAUUUGACUUUAAGUCUACUCGUAAUAGGGCUUUGUCGUGCAAAUACUUUUUGUUGUAAAUACACAAGUGGGAAAGAGUGUUGGUGCGAUAGCUUUCAAGACUGUGCAACUGAUAUGGUCAAAAAUGAUGUCUGUAUUGGCUCGUAUGAGUGUAAUAUCUAUUGCUAUCACUCAAGUUUGUGCUUAUCAUCUAAAUCAAGUUUUAAUGUAAAGGCAUUACCGCGGGGUCUUACAUCUAUGUCAUUCUAUUCUUUGCGCUGGUACUCUCCUUCACCUUUUUAA